AAAACUCUUUACCACCAUCCGCCACAUAACUCUUCCAUUAUUGCCUUUUGCAAGCCAAGUCAACAGCACUAUGGACGCCGCCGUUACACCCCCACUACGAAUCCAACCAUAUCAUGCUCAGAACAUCUCAAGCAGUGCUGCUCAAGUGAAGAUCAGUGCGUUCCUCUCGGACUUCCAGCAGCGUAGUACUCUCUCUAGCGGUGGGGACGCCACCGUGCCUGCCCAGCUAUCAAAGCUCCAGGAGGCUCUGCAGGAGGAGAGAGACACCCGUGAAAAGCUAGCUAGUUCCUGAGCGUGUAUUGCUAUAAUGCUAUCCACAUCUCGAGGGAGUUUGACAUGAUGGGAAGCCCUCGCGGGAUCCGUGCCCGCGCAGUGACACAUUGUAUCGAUAAUUCACAUCCCCUGCUCCUAGCUGCGGAGCUUUGUCGGGAUAUAGCGCGCGCGGGUGAAACGCGUGUGGAGUGUACAAGCGACGUAUCGUAGCUGGAAAGGAGGUCGAGGGAAUUGGUGCGACUGCCAGGAUGCGAUGUUGUUCCUUCGUAAUUUUAACGCAGGAUAUCUACGAGUACUCCGGAUGUUUAGUGCAGAGGGUCUUCUGAUGCCUGAAUUGCGGCAUAAUGGUAAUACUUCUGGUCACCUUUCGA